GGAAGUGAGGGCGGGGAAGGAGAGGAAGUGGCGUCAGGAAGGGCGGAAGUGAAGGGCGGCAGACCGGAAGUCGGGCUCAUGAUGGGCGAGAAGAAAACGUCGGCGCGCGUUCCCGAGGGCUGCCCCCGGCGGGUCCUGGACGCUCCCGCGCGGCAGCGGCGGCUGCACCGGCAGCUCGAGGCGCUCGAGAGCGACAAUUUCGGGGACGAUCCCGCGGCGGGGCUGCCCCGGCCCGGGAAGCGGCUGCCCAACUUCAGCGACACCGCCGAGACCGGGAAGAAGAAGAAGAAAACUCGGGGCGAUCACUUCAAGCUGCGCUUCCGCAAGAACUUCCAGGCCCUGCUGGAGGAGCAGAACCUGAGCGCCUCCGAGGGCCCCAACUACGUCACGGCCGGGGCGGCGCCGUCGCGGCUGCCCCAGCGCCACUUCUGCGCCGUCUGCGGCUUCCCCUCGGGCUACACCUGCGUCACCUGCGGGGCCAGGUACUGCUGCACGCGCUGCCUGGGCACCCACCAGGACACCAGGUGCCUGAAGUGGACGGUGUGACCCCGCCCCCAAUAUGGCUGCCAUGGCCACGCCCACAACAUGGCUGCCGCUGUGACUCCGCCCCAAAAUGGCCGCCGUGAACGUGUCUCGUUUGGUCCCGCGCGUGAUACCCCCAAUAUGGCUGUUGUGGCUCCACGCCCAAGAUGGCUGCUUUGACUCCGCCCCAAGAUGGCCGCCUUGGCCACACCCACCCCAAGAUGGCUGCCAUGGCUCCCCCCCCCCCAUAGCCUCACCUCCAAGAUGGCCGCCAUUACCACACCCCCAAUAUGGCCAAAUUAACCCCACCCAGUCCAAAAUGGCUGCCAUGGCCACACCCCCAAGAUGGCCGCCCUGGCCACCCCCACCCCAAAAUGGCUGAAUUAUCCCCGCCCACCACAAUAUGGCUGCCAUGGCCACACCCACCCAAAAUGGCUGCAUUGGCCGUGCCCUCAAGAUAUUCAAAUUAGCCCCACCCACCCCAAGAUGGCCACCAUGGCCACACCCACCCCAAGAUGGCCACCAUGACCACACCUCAAGAUGGCCGCCAUGGUCGUACCCCAAAAUGGCCGCCUUGACCCCGCCCAUUCCAAGAUGGCCGCAUUGGCCCUGCCCUCAAGAUAUUCAAAUUAGCCCCACCCAUCCCAAGAUGGCCGCCAUGGCUACACCCCCAAAAUGGCUGAAUUAGCUCUGCCCACCCCAAGAUGGCCGCCAUGGCCACGCCUCAAGAUGGCCGCCAUGGUCACACCCCAAAAUGGCCACCUUGCCCCACCCACCCCAAGAUGGCCGAAGUAGUCCCGCCCACCCAAAGAUGGCUGCCAUAGCCCCACCCCCAAGAUGGCUGCCAUAGCCACACCCCAAUAUGGCAGCCAUGGCCCCACCCUCAAGAUGGCCGCCAUGGCCCCAAAAUGGCCACCAUGACCUCACCCUCAAGAUGGCCGCCAUGGCCACACCCCCAAGAUGGCCGCCAUGGCCACACCCACAAAAUGGCUGCCAUGGCCCCGCCCACCCCAAAAUGGCCGCCAUGUCCACACCCCCAAGAUGGCGGCCGAGCCCCUUUGAGCCCAAAUCUGAAUUUUUUCCCACCAAAA